UAAGCUUGUCAUUGAGCCAAGCCGUUUGAAAUUGAGCUGGCUUGUAGUUUGCCACUGUCGAUUUUGCAUUAGAACAUCGUGAUUUGUUCCAUUAUCCUCUUUAAUUUCCCGGUGAACAAUGAGGCAGAAACAUCAAGUUGAUACAGCCAAAAUAAAAGCGAAACAUGGAAAAGCUUACAGACUAGGAUCAAAGGACAAGUCAAAAUUAUUUACUGGGUCACCGACAGUUCAAACCCCAAAGAAAAGUUUGGGAAAACAAAAUUCCUUAAAUGUUAGACCAAAUAACUCUAAACAUCCUGCCUUAGAAACAUCUACGAAGACUAAAGCAGACAAAUCUAAGUCAACACCUUCCAAAACGACUGAAAAAACUGGAGCCUCAAUACUUAAAACACCCAAAAGGUACAGGCCUGGGACAAAAGCACUCAGAGAAAUAAGGAAGUACCAGAAAGGAACAGAACUCCUUCUUCAGAAAGCCCCAUUUCAACGCCUAGUUCGCGAAGUCACAAUUGAAUUAUCAGAUGAAACAAUGAGAUUCACUGCUGAGGCACUUGAAUGCUUACAAACUGCUGCAGAAGCGUACGUUGUUCAAUUGUUUGAGGAUUCAGUUUUAGCCAUGAUUCACGCGAGGAGAGUUACGCUAAUGGUUCGUGAUAUUCAAUUUAUCAGGCGUUUACGAGGCAUUUAACGAUUUACCGCAACACAUUUUGAUUCCUCAUCAAACACAACUUUUUAAUCGUUUUUCCGAAACCCACCAAUGAUUUUUUUUUUGUAAAUGAUGUUUCAUUUUCUCAUACGUGCAACGUUUUAUUGCCGUUAUUUCUUUUUUUUUUAUCGCUA